AGUCUGGCACUGGUGGUGUGUCUGGCCGGACAGAUAUCAUGUCGUCCACAGGGAGGUGACGACGACGCGGUGUUAACAGACGGUACCAGGGAGGUAGAGACCUUUGUUUUCCCUAGCGAGCAAUAUGGUUCCUUUGUCGGCGAGGUGCAAGUGUCCUCUGACCAUCUCAGUGUCAGCCGCGCCAGGCCAAAGAGUGGGUCAUCAGGCCCUGUAGCUUCUUCUCUGGUGUCAGGGCCCCCUGAAGGCUCUGAGGUGAGAUUUGGAAGCUCACUGGGUAACUCCGUUGGAUCUGAAGUGAAUUUGGGUACCUCCUUGGGGUCUGAAGUGAGCUUAGGGGAUUCUCCCGGUCUCAGCAUCUCCGGUGCCACCAUCUUCUUCAAUAACCCAGCUCAAGUUGUCCCCAUCACGCCUUGACUUUUCCACACCUCCAGUACAAUGAGGUGUCACUCCAAUACUUUUCGAAUCGACUGAGGCCGUACACAAUGUUACUUUAUCGAUCGGAAUUCUACGCAACAUCUGCAGCCCACUGAGGUUCCAUUCUGUGAUGUAGGUUUAUUAUUAGUUUAAUAGUUGUGUUAUUAUUUUAAAUCAGUGUUGAAAUCGUUUACUGGCAGCAUUUUGGAUGGUGUGAGAGGAAAAUGAACAGCCGAGGGCAGCCGUUCCAGGCUUGUUAGAUGUUGGGUACUGUCGACAAUAUGGUGAUGACUUUAUCCUGUCAUCAUGACUUUAAAGCUCUAUCCCUUGAGAAAUGUCGUUAAUAAAGGUUUGAUUUAUACUAUAACUUACAGCUAGGCUUUAAAUAAUAAGAUGUUACAGGGACCCGAAUGAAAACAAGUCUGUCUGAUUUACUGGGGUUAUCCUAGAUAAUUGAUAAUUAACUCACAUGUUAAUAUGUAUAAUUACUGUACUUUUUUGUACCUGUACCUAAAUAAACUUGCUUAUUCUACAAGUUCUAGGUUUGGGCGGGUCUGGCCGCUGGCCUGUGCCAAC